CCAUGUCAUCAUGCCAGUUCGAUGACCGGCUCAAGAGAUCUGUUUCCGAAUUUUCUUAUUUUUUUGGGUCAUAUUUAGGAGGAAUCUACACGAAAGAGGCGAAGAUCAGCUAGGAGGAAGGAGAAGGAGACAAUGUUUUUGUUCGAUUGGUUCUACGGAAUCUUAGCAUCGUUAGGGUUAUGGCAGAAAGAGGCGAAGAUCUUGUUUCUCGGCCUCGACAAUGCUGGAAAAACCACGCUACUUCACAUGCUCAAAGACGAGAGAUUAGUUCAGCACCAGCCGACACAACAUCCAACCUCUGAGGAACUUAGCAUUGGCAAAAUCAAGUUCAAGGCUUUUGAUUUAGGUGGCCAUCAGAUUGCUCGAAGAGUUUGGAAAGAUUACUAUGCCAAGGUUGAUGCAGUUGUCUACCUCGUGGAUGCUUAUGACAAGGAGAGAUUUUCAGAGUCAAAAAGAGAGCUAGACGCUCUUCUCUCGGAUGAAGCCCUUGCAACCGUCCCGUUUCUGAUUCUCGGAAACAAGAUUGAUAUCCCUUACGCAGCCUCCGAAGACGAGCUUAGGUAUCACUUGGGUCUCACCAACUUCACCACCGGUAAGGGCAAAGUGACGACAGCUGGAGGAGAUUCUGGUGUUCGCCCCCUCGAAGUCUUCAUGUGCAGCAUUGUCCGCAAAAUGGGCUACGGCGAGGGAUUCAAAUGGCUCUCUCAGUACAUCAACUAAAAGACAUCACCUUCACCAUCAUGCCUUGUCUUUCUCAUAUAAUCAAACCAAACCCAUGAUGAACAUCUGUCUUUUCUUGAGAUAAAAGAUUCGUCUAUGAUGAUGUCAUAGCACUCUUUCUCCUUUUUGGGGGUUUUUGUAGUUUUCUUGUUUUUAAUAUAAGUUUGGUGACUUGCAUUUCCAAACUUGUUCAGUGUCUAUGUCCACAUUUUUGUCAACAGCUUGCGUUUUUAUUGAAGCAUUAUUCCCAUGUUA